AAUUUAUUGAAUUAUAAAAUUUUAUUUAGUAGUAUUUUCUUCAUCGGAUCCUUCCUUCCUCCUUGGGCGUACCGACGGAUUCGAACGCCGACAGCGCAGCAGGGGGCCGGAGAGAAGUGGAGAAAUGGUAAGCAAAACAGAGGAAGAGCGACUAAAUAGUUUGGAAAACCAAGUCGAAAACGGCGGAGGCGAUUCGUGGGAUUACCUCAGCCUCGUUAGAAAGCUCAAGCUCCGCCGCUCCGACAAGGUCUUGAAGCACGGCGUCUCGAUUCUGAACGACCCUAAGAAGCGAUCUGCUCUUGGCCCGGAAGAAUGGACUCUAUAUGAGCAAGUGGCUGUUGCAGCUAUGGACUGUCAGCAACUUGAUGUGGCAAAGGAAUGUAUGAAGUCCUUACAGAGAAAGUUUCCAGGGAGUAAACGUGUUGGUAGGUUGGAAGCAAUGAUGCUUGAAGCCAAGGGUGUAUGGGCGGAGGCUGAAAAGGCUUACUCAAGUCUCUUGGAAGACAAUCAAUUUGAUCAGGUAAUACACAGAAGAAGGGUGGCAAUGGCGAAGGCACAAGGCGAUCUUCCACGGGCAAUCGAGUGGUUAAACAAGUAUCUUGAAAUAUUCAUGGCAGAUCACGAUGCAUGGAGAGAACUAGCUGAGAUUUACGUCUCUCUACAAAUGUAUAAGCAGGCAGUCUUCUGUUACGAAGAGCUCAUCUUAUCUCAACCUACCAGUCCAUUAUAUCACCUCGCCUAUGCUGAUGUGCUCUACACAAUUGGAGGACUCGAAAAUCUUCAUUCAGCGAAAAAGUACUAUGCAGCAACUGUAGAUUUGACCGGUGGCAAGAAUAUCCGAGCCCUUUUUGGCAUAUGCCUGUGUGGUUCAGCUAUUGCACAGCUGACGAAAGGGCGGGGCAACAAAGACGACAAGGACAGCCUGGAGCUGCAAUCGCUUUCCGGGCUGGCAUUAGAGAAAAUCUACAAGCAACAAUCCCCUUCGAAACUUUCGCUCCUCAGUUCCACUUUGAGAAGCUUGAAAAUCUCGUUGUGAUUAACUAACUACGCACUUAUUUUGCUUUCUUGGUUGAGGUUUCGGUUAAUUUAUGUUCCGAAUUAUUGUUUGUAUUGAAGAGACAUCUUGAUUUAAGGAUCUGUUAUGGCUUCAAUGGAGAGAGUUUGAGACAUUUUUUGGGUUAAGAA